UGGCAACCCUGUAUGCCAUGUGUUUACUUGCACCUGUCAUUUUCGGCGAUUUUUUUUUGUUAAAAUGGUUGAGUGAAUAACGGCCGGUCCAUCCCCAGCUGAUGAAAAGUGUCAUGUAACUUUUGGCUUGCGGUUUGUAAUUAACACUUAAGUGAAAAGUCAAUUAGCAAGUGCCGGAGAAAGAUGCAUGCCUAAUGUCACACCGUAAACGACAUAUUGCUCUUUUCGAGAUUCGCUGGCCACGUACGGUCGAGAAAAUGUUGAUGCUCAACACGACCAUUGUGACGAUUUCCGUGUUCACGGCGUUGUUGCUUUUUUGCAUUUGGCCGACGCGUUUCGCGAAACAUUAUGAUUUUAUCGAUGGCGACAGAAUAUACAGUGCCUUAGUGACAGAGACUACGUUGAAUAUAUCAAAGUUGCAGCUGGACGAAUGUGAAUAUGAGGAUAUUCUUGAGGAGAACCCGUUCAUGUACAAGGACGUGUACACGCAGCGAAUUCACGAUACGCAGGAGAUCCGCCUUGGGGGCGAGUACUACCCCGGUGACUGCAAGCCACGCUAUAGUGCUGCAAUCAUCAUCCCGUAUCGACAGCGCGAACAGCAGCUGAACAAAUUCCUUACGUACAUGCACAACUACUUACGUAAACAACGGAUCCAUUAUCGGAUUUUCCUGAUUGAACAGUUUGACCGGAAACCUUUCAAUCGGGCCAAGUUAUUCAACAUAGGAUCAGUAGUUGCGGCGGAAUACGGCUUCCCGUGUCUGAUCCUUCACGAUGUUGACCUCAUGCCUCUCAAUUUGGGGCAAAUGUACGCCUGCACAGAGUGCCCGCGACAUAUGUGCUCCAGUUUGGAUGAGUUCCGAUUCAAUUUGCCUUACGAAGGAUUAUUCGGUGGAGCAGUGGCGAUCCGAGCUCAACAGUUUCGUUUCAUCAAUGGAAUGUCGAACAUGUUCCACGGGUGGGGCGGUGAAGACGACGAUCUUUACGGGCGUAUCAUUGCGAAAAACCUCCAGAUAUGUCGCUUUGCUCCUGACUACAGUGAAUACACCAUGCUCAAACAUACCAAAGAGGUGCCGAACGCUGACCGCCUCGCCUUCUUACGAUCCGGCCCACUACGCUACCACACGGACGGACUCAAUUCCCUGAUAUACGCUCAGAAGGACUUCAAACUGCACAACCUUUUCACGCAUGUUCUAGUCGAAACUUAAUGUACACAGCAAGGCCAGCGAAUGGAAUUCGAGGCACGCAGUCUGGAGGGACGGAGACGCAGCACGAGGUGAUAUUUUUUUAUCUACAAACUCGAAGACGAGGUUUUUAAUCUUAGGUAUUAUAAAUGGGAUUAUGAUCUCAUAAACGAGUUACGAUUAUUUGUUUAAUGGUUUUGGAUAAGAAGUGAAUUUGAAUGU